UGAUGAACAAAUUAUAAUGUUAUUAAGUAAACUUAUUAGAGAACAAAAACUAUUAAAAUUUACAUUAAAAUGUUGCACCGCUAGUGCCCAAAGAUACAUUGAGGUACUAAAUUUACAAAAAGAAUUAAAAUACUUAGAAUUGAAUGAAAUAGAUUUUACAAGGAUUUCGGUAAAUCCUUUGAUUGCUAUUUCACAAUGUGAAAAAUUAGAUCAAAUUACAAUUUCUGAUUUUCGUGGAGAUAUGAACAAUCUUCCUCACACAUUGGGACUGAACAUAGAUGAUUUCGAUGCAACCACUAGUCCUAAUUUGAUCAUAAUUACUCGGAAAAGAUGUGAUUCAUAUAAAUUAAAUAAUUAUCAUAAAAUAUUAGAUAAAAAGGAAAAUUGUAAAGAGGAACAACAGCAAACCAUUUUUAAAAAACCAUCAAUUAACUUAGUUAAAACCGAUACGACCACAAACAGUAAUGAUUUAAGCGACAUCCAGUUUCCUAAGCCUGUCAUUAGGAGUAACAUUGAUCUCUCAGCUGUUUCAGAGUUUAUUUCAAUAGAUUCAACUUUCACUCCAGGAACAUCUGCUACUGCACAUGUUGAAGUCGAUCAACUACUUGCAUUGCUUGAAGAGCAAAAAGCUAACAUUGAUAGUAUAUUAGAUUCGCAAAAUGUAUACGCGGUGGGUGUCGAUUUUCAGAAAGGUUAUUCUAAACCAUGCAUCGCUUGCUGGGUCACUGAGAACCUCGACAUUGUUAUCAAAAAGCAGCUAUUAGGCUUGUUCCAUGAUAAGUUUGAAAUUAUAGAAAAUAUGGUGGCACAUACGAAUACUGAUGUGAGUAAUAGUAAUAAUCAAAACAGUUCACUGAACUGCAAUAGUAUCACCAAGGAGUUUGAUAACAAUAUAACAGUCAGUUCAUUUUCUGGAAAUGAGAAGGAAUCUGAAGAGAAGGAAGAUGAUAAUAACUAUAAAGAAAAUGUUAGAUCAACAAGUCAAGCUGUUAGUAAAGAAAAUUCAGAAAUUUUUCAAAAUUUCUGUAUAAGAGCUGUUAUCUAUGCAAAUAUUACCCCUAAGAAAGAUUCAAAGGUUUUAGAGUUUUCUGUUGAUAUAAGGGAAUGUGGAAUGGGAAGAAUGCUUAGUGAAAGAAUAUCAUCGCUUCAUAAAUCUGGUUCUGAUUAUUUUCUCGAUUCUGUUGUAGUUAAAAUCUCUCCAAUUUCAUGCAAUAGUACAUCUUGCAUGAUAAUAAAGAAGAUUGAUACACAGCCACAACAAUCCAAUCAGUCCAUUAAGAUUUCAACAGUUCAUGAAAAAAACAAAGGAAUUAAAGGACAAGUCAGUGGAACUGGAAUCCAAGUGGGAGGUAGUUAUGACACAAAGAAUGCACUUAUUAUCGAAAAAAUGGCAUAUGUGUGGGGGAUGAAACUCGAUGGAUGUUGGACAACUGGAGAUCGCUGGUCAUACUCUCAUGAAGGUGGUAGCUAUACAAGUACCUUUAUUCCAGGUAAUCAUACUGGCAAAUGGGAAAUUUCAAACACAGUGAAUGGGUUUACUAUAGAAAUUACACAGGUAGUAGAUUUUAAAUUUGCCUGUAAGGGUUGGGUCACAAAAUUGAUAAAGCAAUGCCCUAAAAUGGCACAUAUAUUAAAAAUAUCUUUUAAUGAUAUUAAUAAUUUUGAAAAAUAUUUUGCAAAACUUGAAGAGGAUCAAUUUAAACAAAAUGAUCUUAUUUUUACUAUAGACAAUAAAAACUGUAAAAACUUUCAUAAAGAAGACACACAAAAACAAGAAGGCAUAAAUGAAUUUAUAGUAACCCGUGAAUUUUCAAAGGAAAGCAAUAGUUCCAAUUUUUAUUGA